ACAGGUGUACGCUGUCAGAUUCUGGGCUAAACACGGGAGAUUGUCGGUGAUAAUGUGUCAUUUCAUUGUUUUAUUCGGACUUUCGUGACGUAAAAACAACUUUGGCUCGUGUCAACGUCGUUGUGAAGUCCUUUUGUUGUCAUUCCUUGGAGGUAGUGAAGUGAAUUGGGGCCAGUUUUAAACGUUUAUUAAGAGAAAAGAGAGAAAGGAAGAUGCCGAAGUGAAAAGCAAAGUCAAACAAAGUUCUCUGAUUGUUGCUUGCAAAUGGACUCAGCCGCAGUUUUACAGAGAAAGAAACCGGACUUUUAUGUUGUUGGACCAAGAGCUCCAGAAAAGAGUCAACACGUCCCACAGGUCCAGAGUAAAAGUCUUGACGUCACUAAGGUGCUUCAUCUUCUUGAAGAUCCUCUGACGGCAAACUUGAAGGAGAGGCACAUUUUUGUCCUGAAGAAACUGCUGAAGAGAAACCAGAUCGGCUUUCUGCUGAGGGAGCUUACGGGCAUAGCCAGAAUACUCGACAUCUGCGCAGAGAAAGUGGCAGAUCAUCCGGAGUACGUGCCCAUUGUAUGUGAAGCACUUAGAAUUUGUAGGCUUCCCUUCCUGAAGGAGAGAGCAUCGGACGAGCUGAACUAUGCUCAGGACGUCAUCGCGUUCAUCUCCCACCUGGGUUGUCUCAUGAGGGUCUCCGAGGCUGAUGUGAGACUGCAGCUUCUUGAAACUGUGAGGUCAUUCUUCAGCAAUGUAGCUGGACAGCCGCGCGACGGUAUGGACUGUGCCACCAAGCCAAAGCCUCGGACUUUACCCCCUUACAGAUUUUCUAUACUUUCACUAAGUCUUCAGCCGACUUCUCCCGGUUACAGGCUGCAGCUGCUGGAGCACAGCGACCUGACACGGUCACUCCUUCUCUCCAUCACCCUGUUGGAGGACCAGCCAGCCGUCAACGUGCAGCUCUUGAAGACACUUCAGCUCCUCUCAGGCUCCUCUGAUCUGAAUUGUGCCUUGAUACUGGAUGUGCGGGGUGCAGAGGCCAUAUGUCUUCGCAUGAACCAACCCGACCUGUCGGGUCAGGUGCUGUUCCACUCGUCAGAAAUACUCUGGAACCUGCUGGAGAGCGGCAGCAAGGCCGAGGUCACUGCUCAGCUCAGCCGCAUGGAGUGUGUCAUAUCUCUAAAAGACGCCUUUUUCCACAAGCUGAUGAACAGUUCCCUCCCGCCCGACCUCCAACUUAGAAACGAUCUGCUCGUGAUCACAACUCUCAUCGCUGAAAACCCAAACUCUCAGCUCCUCGAGAGUUUAUUUCUCAUAGAGCUCAUGGUUUUCAUCACAUAUCCAGAGUUGAAAAGUCACAAUCCUCUGGUUCGCAACCUCAAGCUCAGCUACAACAACGAGGACUUGAAAAUGAAGAAGCUGAUGUUGAACCUGUUGGUUUUAAUGUCGAGAGAUUUCGCCGCCUUACAGCUCUACAGAGAGGCACAGGUGAUGCGGGCUCUGCUGGUGCUUGUGAAGCCGCCUGCCACCAGAACUGAGCGACGCUCGGCUUCCCGCCACUGGUCCCCCGUCCAGCAGGAGGAGCUACAGCUGCAGGCGCUGGCCACCCUCGCCACCAUUGCCCCACUCAUUCUGGACGACUACAUGGUGUGCCAGGGAAACACACACCUGCUGCUCCUGCUCGACUGGUGCGUGAAGCAAGAUCCUUUGUUUGGUCAGGGCCACGACUCUGGACGCAGAGGCAACAAGAAGCCACAGAUGCGUCACUGUAUCAGACUUCUGAGAGCUGUGACGUUUGUGGGUGAAGAGUCCGUCAACCAGGAUCUCUGCGAUCAGGGAACCAUCAGUCAGCUCCUGGGAAUUUUAAUGCAGAUGGAAGCUAGUCCUGAUGAGGAGGACGUUGUCACGCUGGAGAUAAAGUCAGACAUUCAGCUGAUCCUAUCUGUGCUGUGUGAGAACGACAUGCACAGAAAGGUAAAAACUAAUAAUGAGCUCUUUGGUUCAGACGGAGUUGAGAUGACUCUUCACUUCCUGAGGAAAGGCUGCAGCAAGUUCUACAGCGGCCUGGGACACAACAAGCUCAUCCUCUCCACUGUCGACUGCGUGUGGUCCUGUGUUGUAGGCUGCUACACAACGGAAGAUUUCUUUUUGGCUAAAGAUGGAGUGGCUCUUCUGCUUCACCUACUCAUCUCGAGCCCGAGAUGUGUACACGGCAUCAUCCUCGCCACUCUGCUGGAACUAUGUGACAACCCGAACACGGCGCCUCACAUCCGAAGCUGGAGAGAUGGCGUGGGUCACACGGCACCCAGACUCCUGUUGCACCUGUGGAAGCAGGAGGAGCAGGAACUGGGAGUGACCAGAAACAAUGGGGGAGGGAUCGAAGAUCCCCAAAAGCCCAUCCUGGGUCAGUACCAGCAGGACUUGCAGCUCUCGUUUCCUGCUGACGCUCCCAGUGCAGCAGUGAUGGAAAUAUCUGAGAACCUGCGUGCCAAGAUUUACUCCAUUUUCUGCAAAAUAGGUUUCCAGGACCUUCCUGGAUUGUCAACAAAGGAUUAUGUGAUUUUAAGCAUCGUCAGGAGAUAUCUGGACUUCAAGGUUAGCGAGGUGUGGGAGGAGAUCAGCAGGGAGCUGGUUUUGGACGACGUGAGGCCGGUCAGUCCAGACUUGGAGAGUCUGGGCGACAUAGGCGUGACUGCGGAGGACACGGCGAGGAAGGCGAUGGCAGAGCAGGAGAGCAUUCUGGAGCAGCAUGAGAAGGAGAACAUCAGCGAGGAGGCUCUCAUGUACACAGAGAUAAAGUCUCACUGUAAACACAGGGAACUCAAGGCAAAGUCCUGGGACAAUUAUGUUUCAAAAACUUCAAACUACGAAGUCCUGAAGGAAAUAAAAGCACAGAGGAAGAAAUCCAUGGAAUCAUCCAAACUAGAAGACGAGGAUCUUAUUCCUGAAGAGAAUUUUGUCGGUCGUGUCAUCGCAGUGGAGAGAACUGAAGGUCACGGUCCUGAAGGAGUGAACGUGACUGUGGCCAGAACUUCAAUGAAAGGAGCAGAUAUCGAAUUGAAAAGGCAGCAGAUGUUGACGUGAAGACAGAAUGUAUUCGCCAGCCCCUUACCCUAACCCUUUUCCCUUAACCCUAAAACCCUUAUUCUCACCCUAACCCUAAAACCAGGUCUUAACCCUGAAAGAGCCCUUUAAAGUCGACGGGCCCAGAUAAAAUGUCCCCACAAGGUCAAAAUGUCCUCACAAAAAAAAGGUUUAUAGAUUUUUUAGACAAAGAUAUUCAUAAAAGUACACACACAUCUGUUUUUAUAUCUUAGUGAGGACACCUCACUGCAUAUAAUGCAUAAUGCAUUGUCACUAAUGCCUUACCCUAAUCUUAACCAUCACAAUUAAGUGCCUUACGCGAACCUUUAGCCAAACCCUCAAAGUCUUAACCCUGAAAAAGCUCUUUAAGGUUGUGGGGACCAGACAAAAUGUCCCCAGAAGAUCAAAAUGUCUCCGGGGGAUUAAAAUGUCCCCAUAGAAAUAGGUUUUUAGGUUUUUUUGGACAAAGAUAUUCAUAAUAAAGUACAUGCACAAACCUGUUUUUUUAUCUUAGUGUGGACAUACCAUUGACAUAGUGCAUUAUCUAGCCCCCUACCCUAACCUGAACCAUCACAGCUAAGCACCUAACCCUUAACUUAACCCUAAAACCAAGUCUCACAAAGAGGUUUGUUCGUUUUUUGGACUUCACAAAGAUAUGACCACAGCUGUCCUCGUUGACUUCCAUUCAUUUUGGACAGCCUUACCAAACUCUUAUCCUUAACCACAAUUCAAAUCUUAGCCUUUAAACUUAACCACUUCCUCAGAAUU